AUGGGAUUUUUCAUUCGCGACCUUCACAAUCACAUUGUCGCCCUUCAGAAGAAACAAUGUGUUGAACAUACAAAUAAGAAACCAUUUACUGUCUUUCGUGGUCAAGGAUUAUCGAAAGAUGACUUUGAUCGAUUGGUGAAGACCCAAGGUGGCCUUAUAUCAUUUAACAAUUUUCUAUCGACCAGCACGAAACAGCAAGUAUCCUUGAAUUUUGCUCGUCGAGCCACCGCAACAUCCGAUCUCGUUGGUAUUUUAUUCGACAUUAAAAUUGAUCCUUCUAUUCCUUCAACACCAUUUGCUAACGUCCAUGAUGUUAGCUAUUUCAAAGGAGAAGAAGAAAUUCUCUUUUCCAUGAAUUCCAUUUUUCGUAUUGGUCCAAUGAAACAACUCGAUGGAAAUAAUCGUCUUUGGCAAGUCAAUUUAAUAUUGACUGGUGAUAACGAUCAAGAUCUUCAUAUGCUUACUGAACAAAUGCGUAAAGAGAUCCAUCCUGAUAAAAAAGGAUGGGAUCGCUUAGGUCACUUACUGAUUAAAUUAGGACAGUUCAACAAAGCCGAAGAGGUUUAUGAUAUCCUGCUUGAACAAACAACAAUUGAUUUAGAAAAGGCAUCCAUCAAUCAUAUGCUAGGUAUGGUGAAACAUGGUCAAGGUGAAUAUAAAGAUGCCAUUACAUAUUAUAAAAGAUCCAUUAAAAUUGAAGAGAAAAUGCUCUCACCUACCCAUGCCAAUUUCGUUGCUUCUUACAACGGUAUUGGUUUGGUCUAUGCGAAGAUCGGUGACUAUUCGAAUGCACUUUCCUAUCAUCAAAAAGCACUCGAAAUCAACCAAAAAGCUCUUCCUCCAAGUCAUUCACAUUUGGCUAUGCCUUACAACAACAUUGGUAUGGUGUAUCAUAAGAUGGGCGACUAUUCGAAUGCACUUUCAUAUUAUCAAAAAGCACUGGAAAUCAACCAAAAAGCUCUUCCUUCAAAUCAUCCUGAUUUGGCUCUUUCUUACACCAACAUUGGUAUGGUGUAUUAUAAGAUGGGUGACUAUUCAAACGCAUUUUCCUCUCAUCAAAAAGCACUGGAAAUCUACCAAAAAGCUCUUCCUUCAAAUCAUCCUGAUUUGGCACUUUCUUACAACAACAUUGGUUUGGUGUAUUAUAAGAUGGGUGACUACUCGAACGCAUUUUCCUCUCAUCAAAAAGCACUGGAAAUCUACCAAAAAGCUCUACCUUCAAAUCAUCCUGAUUUGGCUACUUCUUACAACAACAUUGGCUUGAUGCAUCAUAAGAUGGGUGACUAUUCGAAUGCACUUUCAUAUUAUCAAAAAGCACUGGAAAUCUACCAAAAAGCUCUACCUUCAAA